UUUUUUUUGUUGUUGUAUGAAAAGUCAUGCUUUUAGAAAAGAGAAAAAAGGACAGUUUCGCUUAUUUUCUUUUCUUAUGGCUGUCAGUUGUAGACUGUGGCUACUAAUGCUAGUAAACAUAUUUGUUUCAAUUACAAGUAAGAUCGCUAGCUAAAGAGAUAGAGAGAGAAAAUCACUGAUCAAUAGAGAGAGAAAAUCACUGAUCAUUCUUCUUUGCAAAUUACUCGUCAUUCAACAGAUUUCGAAAAUGGAGGUUGGCUUAGCAGUUGGUGGUGCAUUUCUCUCUUCAGCUUUGAAUGUUCUCUUUGAUAGGCUUGCUCCUCAGGGUGAGCUGCUCAAGAUGUUUCAGAAGCAUAAGGAUGGUGUUCUGCUGUUAGGGAAGCUGAGGAUGAUUUUGCCUGGCCUUCAAGUUGUUCUAAGUGAUGCAGAGAAUAAGCAAGCAUCAGAUCCAUGUGUGAGCCAGUGGCUUAACGAGCUUCGAGAUGCUGUGGACGGUGCUGAAAACUUAAUAGAAGAAGUCAAUUAUGAAGCUUUGAGGCUUAAGGUGGAAGGUCAGCAUCAAAACAUUGCUGAAGGAAUAAGCUACUUGCAGGUAAUUGGCCUUCACUUGGGCCUACAUGACGAAUUUUUUCGUAACAUAAGGAAGAAGUUGGAAGGCACCAUUGAAACGGUGAAGGGCUUGCAAGAGCAAAUUGGUUACCUUGGCUUGAAGAAACAUUUUGUUUCGACUAAACAGGAAACUAGGACACCUUCAACUUCUUUGGUUGGUGAAUCUGGUAUCUUUGGUAGGGAGGAUGAAAGAGAGAAAUUGGUUGGACGUUUACUGUCUGAAGAUGCAAAUGGAAAAAAUCUGACUGUAGUCCCUAUUGUUGGCAUGGGGGGCGUGGGCAAGACAACACUUGCUAAAGUGGUUUACAAUGAUGAGAAGGUGAAAAACCAAUUUGAUUUGAAAGCUUGGUAUUGUGUGUCUGAACCAUAUGAUGCUCUCAGAAUAACAAAAGGGUUACUGCAGGAAAUCGACUCAUUUGACUUAAAGAUUGAUAACAAUCUCAAUCAGCUACAGGUCAAAUUGAAGGAAAGCCUAAAGGGAAAAAGGUUUCUUGUUGUCCUUGAUGACGUGUGGAAUGAUAACUAUAAUGAGUGGGAUGACUUGAGAAAUCUUUUUGUACAAGGAAAUAUAGGAAGUAAGAUCAUCGUGACGACACGUAAGGAGAGUGUUGCCUUGAUGAUGGGUAGUGAGGCAAUCAACGUGGGGACUUUGUCGAGUGAAGUAUCUUGGUCUUUAUUCAAAAGGCAUGCAUUUGAAAACAUAGAUCCUAUGAAACAUCCAGAACUUGAAGAGGUUGGAAAACAAAUUGCACACAAGUGCAAAGGAUUGCCUUUAGCUCUAAAGGCACUUGCUGGUAUUUUACGCUCCAAACCAGAGGUUGAUCAGUGGAGAGACAUUUUAAGAAGUGAAAUAUGGGAGCUGCCAAGUCAUUCGAAUGAUAUAUUACCAGCAUUGAUGUUGAGCUACAAUGAUCUUCCUGCACGUUUAAAGCAAUGUUUUGCUUAUUGUUCAAUAUAUCCCAAAGAUUAUCAAUUUAGCAAAGACCAAGUUAUUCACCUGUGGAUUGCAAAUGGUCUUGUACAGCAUUUGGAUUCAGGUGAGAAAGAUUUUCUCGAUUUGAGAUCCAGAUCAUUGUUCGAAAGGGUCCUAGUGUCUUCUAAAUGGAAUCUGGAGAGAUUCUUAAUGCAUGACCUUGUCAAUGAUGUGGCCCAAAUUGCAUCUUCAAAAGGUUGUAUCAGGUUGGAAGAUAACGAAGGAUCUCAUGUUUUGGGAAAAAGUCGACACCUGUCAUAUUCAAUGGGAUUUGAUGGUGAAUUUCUAGAGUUGAAACCCCUCUGCAAUUUGGAGCAGCUGAGGACAUUGCUUCCAAUCAAUAUCUCUUUACCAAAACAUAUGGGUCGCGAUAGCUUGAUUGAUCUAAGCAAGAGGGUGCUGCAUAACAUAUUGCCAACACUAAGAUCCUUAAGGGCACUAUCACUGUCUCGUUAUAAGAUUACGGAGUUGCCGAAUGUCUUGUUUAUCAAAUUAAAACUCCUAAGAUAUUUGGACCUUUCUCGGACAGCGAUAAGAAAAUUACCAGAUUCCAUUUGUGCACUGUAUAACUUAGAGACACUUCUCCUGUCACAUUGUAGUUGUCUUAAGGAGUUACCACCGCAGAUGGAAAGGUUGAUCAACUUGUGUCACCUUGACAUUAGCGGCACUCUUCUCUUGGAGAUGCCGCUACAACAAAGUAAGUUGAAAAGCCUCCAUGUGCUAGUGGGAGCUAAGUUUCUUCUGACUGGUUGCAGUGAUUCGAGAAUAAGAGAUUUGGGUGAACUACAUAACUUGUAUGGAACUCUAUCAAUUCUAGAGUUGCAAAAUGUGGUUGAUAGAAGGGAAGCUCAGAAGGCAAAGAUGAAGGAAAAGGAACAUGUUCAGAUGUUAUCAUUGAAGUGGAGUAAAAGUAUUGCCAACAAUUCACAAAUAGAAAGAUACAUACUUGAUGAGCUAAAACCAAGUAGAAACAUAAAAGAACUCAAAAUCGCUAGAUAUAGAGGGACAGAAUUUCCAAAUUGGUUUGCUGAUUAUUCGUUUCUUAAGCUGCUGGUGAAAUUGUCUCUUAGCAAGUGCGAGAACUGUUUUUCCUUGCCAUCACUAGGACAACUUCCUUCAUUGAAAUUCCUCGCCAUUAGAAGGAUGGAUCGAAUAACAGAGAUGACUGAAGAAUUCUAUGGCAGUUCGUCCUCCAAAAAUCCUUUUAACUCUCUUGAGAAACUUAUAAUUGAGGAGAUGCCGGAGUGGAAGCAGUGGCAUGUACUAGGGAACGGAGAGUUCGCUGCACUUCGGGACCUUUCAAUUGAAGAUUGCCCCAAGUUGAUCGGAAAGUUUCCUGAAAAUCUUUGUUCUCUAACAACAUUGAGAAUUUCAAAAUGUCCUGAACUCAAUUUGGAGACACCUAUCCAACUUUCAAAUUUGAAAGAGUUUAGAGUUUAUGGUUCUCCUAAGGUUGGAGUUCUUUUUGAUGACAUUGAACUGUUUACAUCCCAACUUCAGGGAAUGAAGCAGAUUGCUCAAUUAGAAAUUCAUGAUUGUCUGUCUCUGACCUCCUUACCUAUUAGCAUUCUGUCGAAUACCUUGAAGACAAUAAAGAUAUAUUAUUGUGGGAAACUGAAAUUGGAGGCGUCAGUUGGUGAGAUGUUUCUGGACAGAUUGAAACUAAAAGGAUGUGAUUCUAUAGAUGAUAUAUCACCUGAGUUGGUCCCCAGAGCACGUGAUUUGAGUAUAAAUAAUUGCCACAACCUUAAAAGGCUUUUGAUUCCUACUGGGACUGAAACUCUCCAAAUUAGUGUUUGUGAGAAUGUUAAAAGACUUUCGGUGGCAUGUGGGACUCAGAUGACGUCAUUGAUUAUUUACAACUGCGAGAAGCUGAAGUGGCUGCCAGAACGUAUGCAGGAACUCCUUCCAUCUCUUAAGGAACUGACACUGUUUGAAUGUCCAGAAAUAGAGUCCUUUCCUGAAGGAGAAUUGCCUUUCAAUUUAGAAGUCCUUCAGAUCUGCUAUUGCAAGAAACUGGUGAAUGGCCGAAAGGAGUGGCAUUUACAGAGACUCCCCUGUCUCAAAGAGUUACACAUCUUCCAUGAUGGCAGCGAUGAAGAGAUUCUUGUUGAUGAGAAUUGGGAGUUGCCUAGCUCUAUUCGAAGUCUUGAAAUAUCCAAUCUGAAAACAUUAAGCAGCCAAGUUCUCAAAAGCCUCACCUCUCUUGAAUAUCUAUAUACUGGUAGGUUACCUCAAAUUCAAUCACUGCUGGAAGAAGGGCUUCCCUCAUCUCUUGCUGAGAUAAUAUUAGAUGCCCACCAUCUCCAUUCACUACCGAUGGAAGAUCUUCUGCGCCUCACUUCUCUUCAAUGUCUACAGAUCUGGGAUUGCCCUAAUCUCCAAUCCCUUCCAGUAAAAGGGAUGCCCUCCUCCCUCUCUAAGCUGACCAUUAGUAAUUGCCCUAAUCUCCAAUCCCUUCUAGUAAAAGGGAUGCCCUCCUCCCUCUCUAAGCUGACCAUCAGUAAUUGCCCUAAUCUCCAAUCCCUUCCAGUAAAAGGGAUGCCCUCUUUCCUCUUUUACCUAUCUAUUUCCAACUGCCCAUUGCUCAAACCACUCCUAGAAUUUGAGAGAGGGGAAUACUGGCCAAAUAUUGCUCAAAUUCCCUACAUAGAUAUCGAUGGGCAAUGCCUGUGAUGAUUCAAACGAAUGGCGCUCCGACAGAUUGUGGAGCGUCUAUUGCACUGCAAAGCCAAGGAAUCAUCUUCAGAUUGGGGAUGAAUUUAAUUUAAAAUGACGGAAAAAAAGACUGGAAAAUUAUUCCCCAUCAUGGAAGCUAUUAUAUUGCAGGAAUUGUUCAAUCAAUUUGUGGAAUUACUAGGGAGUGCACAAAUGCUUGUAAAAUGAAAUCUCUGUUUCACAAUCAAGAGUUGUUCAAUCUCCGAGCCGCGUAUAUAUAAUUGACGUAAUCUCCAAUCGCUUCCAGAUACUAUGGGACUGCUCUCUUCCAUGUCUGAACUAUGUAUUUCCAACUGUCUGUUGCUCGAACCGCAUCUAGAAUUUGAGAAGGGGAUUACUUGCCAAAAAUUGCUCAUAUUUCCUACAUCUAAAUUGACCUGGAAUACCUGUAAUGAUUAAAACGAGUGGUGCUCUGAUAAAUCAUGUAGCGUCCUUUGACACUGUGAAGCCGAUGAAGCAUCUUCAGAUCAGGAUGAAAGAUGAGAAAAGAGGAUUUUGGUAAUGAUAUGUUCUUAGCUCAGUUGGUGAAAUGAGAGUCGGGCUAAAAUUCUCCAUUGAAUAGAAAAUCACCUCGAAUGUGGUCUGUCAACAAACUGCGAGGAGAAGUACUUCUCUUGAUCAGUCUUUGAACCAAAUAUUGGGCAAAAUUCUUGUGUUGAUCAAGGAAGAGGUGUUUCAGGUUAAUGAUUGUAUCCAAUAUGCGUCGAUAAAGUCUUCCCGCAUCCCUCUAUGUUCUGUUUGGUUUUCUUUGAGUAAGGAGGUAAUAAUUUCCAAGUCACACGACCAUCUACGUUGUCUUCCUUGAGAUGAAGCAUGCCUCGCAGCACAUGGAACAUACGGCUCCAAUCAAAGUGUUGGGAUUUGGACAAAGCUCAACGAUUAUCUGGGAAGGGAAAAGUUUUCGAAGGUCUCUUUGCUCAAAUCGAGAAGGUUAAGCUGUUGAAUUUUUUAAGUGGUAUUUACUAUCACGUGGAUUGAACAUCAGGACUAUAGCUGUAAUAGUUUGUAGUGUUCGCUUUGGGCCUGGGCUAACACGACUUUAAAACGUGUCACUUGGGUCUAAGGCUCGCUUCCUUAUAUACCCGCUUCCUUAUAUACCUUUGCCAAUGUGGUAUUUGCCUAUUAUAGCACAAUGACGUCCUCUUUAUUCUGGAUACGUCUUGGCCAACGGAAGGCAAAAGAUGACAUGAUUAUUGGACUUUCCGUGUUAUCUGGAUUUCUGGAGGUGUAAUGGUUUAGAGUAAACUGUAUAAAUGCACUGUAAACUGUAUAAGAAAUAAGGGAGACUUUGAGGAGAGAAAUAUGUGCAUAAAUUCUUAAUGUUGUUUCUCCCAAUUUACUGAUUUUCCAGCCC